ACGAUGGCAGGAGUAAAUGUGGAGAUUCCAAAGAAAGUAUACACAUGCGGAUUAUGCGAAAUAAUUCUUGGGGACCUUGAGGAUGAAGAAACAUGGUCCCAUGAAUGUUUUGCAAAUUAUUCAGAGAUUGUUUUUGAUGUGAAUAGCUUGUAUUUAUAUCCCAAAUGUGAAGAUAGAAGCAUUGUGCGCCGAAGUGCGAUUAAUGGAGCAGAGCAGAUUGUAAUAGAAUCGCCUCUUCCGACACAAGAGCCGUGCCCAGUGGAAAACCUGGAAGAACUUAUCAUUACAGAAGUGUUGGCACGAGAACUGUUAUGGAAUCAAAAACUGAGUAUAACAAAACGUGACAGGCAAACUGUACAACAACUUUGGAAGCAAGUGGCUAAUGCGACGAAUGGCGAAUGUUCUGUCGAUGAGGUAAAAAAAAAAUGGAAGAACUUAAGGGAUCGUUACAUGAAAAUAAUCUCUCUUGAAAAGUUGCCAAGUGGAUCAGGAAGUAAACCAUCUCGCAGAAAGUGGCAACAUUACGAAUUGUUGUCUUUCUUACGUGACACUUCUUUGGAAAAAGAGACAGUUUCAAAUAUGAUGAGUCGUGAGGAAGACACUAGCAAUGAUGACACGGAAAUCCAAAGUGUGGACGUCGUAGAAGUCAACGGUGCGAUUGAUGCAUCAAAAAGAAUGAAAAGAAAACGAAAAAGUACUGAGCGCGAAGAAGACUUGAUGAAGCAGAUAGCAGAGGCCUUGCAGACUCCACGACCACCUUUGCCAACUCCUCCUGUUCUUGACGAAGUUGACAAUUUUACUUCGAUGAUUGCCUGCCAGCUACGAGAGUUGUCAUCAGUCCGCAGACGCGCAAUAAUGUUGAAAAUUCACGAGCUCUUACGUGCUGAAUUAUUGCGUAACGACAAUUCGGCAACAACAAUAAUAUAACGUAAAAUAUAAUAAUAUGAAUAAUAUAUGUAUAGUAAUAAAACGAGACUGAUUUUGUUAGUGCAAUAAAGCCGAAGCGUAUUUA